UUCACUGCAGUGCAGUUAAACAACAAACCUGAUUCGUGUCCAGAUGUAUACAAAGUGAGCUUAGUAGGAGGGAGAAAUUAAGUGACAGGACUUGAUCAAAGACAAAGCAGAGGGAAAAUAAUAGGAGAAUGGAUGCACCUAUCGGAUGGUCAGAGAACGUCUGUCCAGAGAGAAGACUGGUCGUCUUGGGACGGACAGGGUCUGGGAAGAGCGCUACAUGUAACAACAUCCUUGAUCGGGACGAGUUCAAGUCCGAUAUAUGUGGUCAAAGUGUCACCGACAAAUGUCAAAGGGCCACCUGUCAGAGGUUUGGACGAAACGUUCAGAUCAUUGACACUCCAGGACUGUUUGAUACGGGCAUGUCCAAUGCCGACAUCACCAGGGAGGUGGUGAAAUGUAUUGGGAUGACUGCACCAGGACCACAUGCCUUUGUUAUGGUUGUCAGGGUCGAUCGAUUCACGAAAGAGGAACAAGAUACAGUGGAACACUUCAAGAACGUCUUUGGAGAAGGAAUGAUGAAGUACCUCAUGAUUCUAUUUACCCGAAAGGAUGACCUGGAUAAUUGCGGCAAAACUAUUGAGAAAUAUCUGGAAGACGUACCACAAAUGCUACGAGAUCUUCUGAAGUCCUGUGGCAAUAGAUAUAUUGCUUUUAAUAACAAUAACAGGGCAUCUCCAGAGGAGAGGAAUGAGACAGUUCAAAGGUUUCUGGACAUGGUGGACAGGAUCCACUCUAACAAUUCUGGCGAGGUCUACACAAGUGACAUGUACAAGGAAGCUGAGAAGGUUAUGCUGAAGAGGGAGGAAAGGCUCAGACAGGAAAAUGAGGCUGAGGUAAAUAAGCUGAAGACAAAGAUUGAAGAGGAAUAUCAGACCAAGAUGACAGCAAUGGAAGAGGCUCAGACUGAAAAGAUCGCUCAACUCGUACAGCAGUUAAGCAUUAAAGAACAGCAGAAGGAGCAACAGCUAGAAAUGGAGAAAUUGAAAAUGGAAAUAGAGAAACAGAGACUGCAUAUGGAAAGUGAUCUUCAGAAGGAGCGACAGCGUCUGGAACUGGAAGCCGAACGGAGGAAGAUGUUUUGUGAGGCUAAUCCUCCAAAUUAUAGAGAAACGGCUAGAAAAGAGGUCAGCAAUGAAGGAGAGAUGGUGAUGGAUCUUAUCAAGGGUGUUGUGAAGCUGGUUGGACCCGAAUUACUUGCAGUAGGUUUUGAUAAGAUGAGAGAAUAUUAUACCAGUAAGCCGUCAGUUGCCCCUUUGAGAAAUGAAUCUGAUAAAGCUGAAUCACCUGUUGAUGAGCCACAGGUUACAGAUAAAACCAGCAAGAAGGACGAAGCCAAAUAGUUGAACAUCUGUCAUCAGUCAUGCAUUGUAUGGAAAUAUUUUUUGAUAUGUACAUAUUGGCUUCACUUGUGUAAAAUGUUUAGAAUCAAACGCAUAACAUCCAGUUCCGUCUAUUUUUUUUAAUCGUCCAUUGAUUACAAACCUUUGUUCGCUCGAUCAUUUCAUGCUUUAAAAUUAAAAAAUAUAUCUUCAAAUAUGCAUGGAUUAUUGACUAUCUUAUAUCACAGUAAAUCAGUUGUAUGUUUCUCCGUUCUAGUAUACGCAAAGUUCAAAUGUAUGUUAUGAAGAAUGAAUUAACACUUGCCACUUCUGUGUUUUGGGGUAAAUCUAUAGUCUGUUUGCAGUGAAGAUGGAUUUCAUUUUAACAAAAAAAUUAAAUCAAAUAAAGUGAAAUUAAGAUUGCGAAUCCUCAUAAUCUUACCUUGCCAACUGAACAUUUAAAUCUAGGAAUUUUAUUCAACUUAGGACAAAAGUGUUUAACAAACGAUCAUAGAUUCAAAUCGCUACUAUUGGUUUGUACAGUAGAAGCUGUUUUCUGUUCAGAUGGCAAGGACACCGUGGCAGACUCACUUGUCACACUUUCAGAUAACACCUUUAGCCCGUAUCUUGCUGCUUCUAUUGACCCGAAUUCACUUUUAACAACAAAGAGGUUGUACAAAUUCAAGGGCUGUAAAAUAUUUAUCACUCUUCCUGUAAGGUCACCGUUAACUUUAACUAGGUCAUUCAUGUUGAUCGGAGUCAGCCUAAUAUGGCGGCCGUGUUUGUUUACAAUUGUUUGGGAUUCUUUAAGGUUAUUUAUUUUAAAAAGACUACUAUUUAUAACGCAAUUUUAUUGGAAAAUAUUAAUUUCUAUUAAAAAUAGUAUUCAUAUUC